AUGACGGAGCCUAUUAAGGAGUCUUUCGAUGCUAUCAUGCCGUUCUUCCAAGAGUUUGAUGAUGGAGAGGAGUUCGAGGACCUCAAGGAAAUGGAGGCAUUUGUGGAUCAGCAAAUCGCCCUAUUGCAGAUGCAGUCUGCAAUGGCCGAAACAGAUUACCCUUGGGCGGCCGAGACCAGCUCCAUGGCGUCGAAGAAACGAAUUCGAGUGAAGAAAUAA